CCAGAAGCUGGUAUGCAGACACGCGAUUCGUGUCACUUCAGGUCGUUUAACCCCACACGGUCGUUCUGAGUGCCUAAGGUUGCUCUGUUUCCAUGAAUCAUGGGUUCAACCGCAUCAUUCCGUGGCUCCAAUUAUGGAUCACAGAUAGGGGCCAACUACGGUUCGGUCACAAACGAGUUUCAUCUUCCAUGGGAUCUUGACGACAAGUUAUCCCCUGUGUCUGGGGCUGCGUUCGAUUCAUACGUAGAUCAGCAUGAAGAUCAAUGUCUUCCAGGCACAAGAACGGAUCUCCUCUACCAGAUCAGCGAAUGGGCUUCGUCUCCACAGGGCAGAUGCAUAUUCUGGUUGAAUGGAAUAGCAGGAACAGGAAAAUCGACCAUCUCUCGAACCAUGGCAAAAUCAUUCAGCCUAUCCCAAUCACUUGGAGCGAGCUUUUUCUUCAAGAGAGGCGAAGGGGAUCGAGGGAAUGCAAGGAAACUUUUCCCGACAAUCGCAAGUCAACUGGCGAUCAAUAUUCCUGAGAUCGCCCUAGUCCUCCAGGAAACAGUCCGCGAGAACCCAGGUAUCAUAACAAAGACAAUGCGGGAACAAUUCGAAAAACUCCUUCUUCAGCCACUCCACAGCCUCGAGCGAUCUAAAAUGCCUACCCAGAACAUAGUGAUAGUGAUUGACGCAUUAGACGAAUGCGAGAAAGAUCUUGAGAUUCGAUUGAUACUCCAACUUCUCCCACGGCUAAAAAAUAUAGCUGCUAUGCGUCUACGAGUGCUUUUAACAAGCAGACCUGAUCUACCGAUUCGUCUGGGGUUUUUAAGGAUUGCGGACGAUGACCAUACUGACUUUGUUCUUCAUGAUAUCCCUCUUGAAGUGAUCAAGCGUGACAUAUCGCUAUUCUUUGAUCACCGAUUAAUAGAGAUCAGAACAGAACGCUUCCUACCAUCAGACUGGCCGGGCGACGAAGGUCUACAAAAGCUAGUGGCAUUAUCUGCUCCGUUAUUUAUUUUUGCCGCCACUAUCUGUCGGAUAUUUGAGGAACCUGACUGGGAUCCGAUAGACAGUCUCACUGAGAUUUUGGCAGGCCAGAACGACCACUCUAAGCUAGAUAGGACGUAUCUUCCAAUUCUUGAUCGUCUUCUCGACAGACAACACGAGAAACAUAAAGAAAGACUGGUUUCCGAGUUCCAGCAAGUAAUCGGAGCCAUCGUGACACUAGAGAGUCCACUCUCGGUUCCCUCACUUGCAAAGCUUCUGGACCUUCCGGCGCGGCUUAUUCGCCUUCGACUAGACCCACUACACUCGGUGCUAAGAGUGCCAGAGAACGAAACGAUACCCGUGCGGCUUUUUCACUUAUCAUUUCGAGACUUUCUUCUUAAUCCACAGACCCGGAAAAAAACGCCUCUAGGGAUAAACGAGACAGAGAUGCACUAUAGGUUGGCCAAACAAUGCCUCCUGAUGUGUCAAAGUCUACGGAAAAAUAUCUGUGGCCUGCCAAGUUAUGGAACCGAACGUACAGAGAUUGAUCUCCAAAUUGUCGAUAGUAACCUUCCUCCGGAGCUACAGUACGCCUGUCGAUACUGGGCAUACCAUCUGAUGAAAUGCGCCAACUCGGAAAACAUGACAUAUAGUGCUCUAUUAUUUCUCCAGAGGCAUUUCCUACGGGAACAUUUCCUACAUUGGGUGGAAGCAAUGGGCCUACUCGGUCUUACGUCGGAAAUACUAGGCAUUCUUGAUCGGCUCCAAGCGGCCAUAUCGAUUUUCUUCACGAUGCAAAGCGAUUUAUUCUGAAAAACUACCAGAUUAUUGAUCUUGCGCCCCUUCAAGUUUAUUGUGCAGGCCUUAUAUUUGCACCCCAGACAGCAAUAAUCCGUGCACAGUUCAAACGAGAGAUUCCAACUUGGAUAUGCCAGUUACCACGAGUCGAGGAAAGAUGGGGCCCAGAACUACAGACUCUCGAAGGCCAUUCGGGCUCGGUUCUCUCGUUGACCUUCUCACCAGACGGCCGGCUGCUGGCGUCCGGCUCUGACGAUGAGACGGUGCGGCUCUGGGACCCGGCGACAGGCGUGCUCACCCAGACGCUCGAAGGCCAUUCAAAUUCGGUUGAGUCGGUAGUCUUCUCACCAGACGGUCGGCUGCUGGCCUCCGGCUGUAACGACACGACAGUACGGCUCUGGGACCCGGCGACGGGCGUGCUCACCCAGACGUUGGAAGGCCAUUCGAGCGCGNUU